UUGAGAGGGGACGGAUAUUCGAACUCUCUCCGUUUAUACUGUACUCACCGCAAAUUUAAAAACAGUCGGAAAUUUAAGAAAAGAUGGUUAAAAUUUCUGAGAAAUAAAUCGUGAUGAAUUACAGCAUGUCUAGCUUUGCAAUAGGAAACCCACCUGAAGUUCCAUAUAACAGCCACGGGAGUUCUUCAACAGCUCUCACCAAUGUUCUCCUUAACGGGUCGGAACCAAGGCCGAAUAUGACCGGGGACAACGCAUUGUCAACUACCGAGUCCCCAAUGCCCCCAACAUUCCAGGAUAGUUUGGUUAAAACAGUUGUUCUUAUUCUUCUUUUCACCAUUUCAUUCAUUGGAAAUACUGCUACUUUAAUACAAAUGUACCGUGUACGAAAACGGCGCUCUACUAUCAACACUUUAAUAGUGAAUUUGGCGGUUGCGGAUCUAAUAGUUACUUUCUUUUGUAUGGCGGCAGAAGCAGUCUGGGCCCUGACCGUUCAGUGGGUGGCGGGUGUUGCCAUGUGCAAAAUGCUCCGCUUUAUCCAAGGUACCGGUCUGUUGGUCUCCACUUAUAUUACAGUGGUGAUAAGUUUAGACAGAUGCUGUGUGAUCAUUGACCCAAUCAGUCGAAACAAAGCACCACAGAGAGUCCGGAUCAUGAUCAUCAUGUCCUGGUUUUUGAGUGCCUUGUUUAGUAUACCUCAGGCUUUGUUGUUUAGCGUCCACAGAGGUCCCUUUAAAGAAGACUUUUACCAGUGUGUGGACAUCCUCGGAUAUCCUAGUCCUGCCUACAAGAAGCUUUACAACAUAUUCUGCAUGAUUAUUCAGUUCUUCUUGCCUCUGACGUUGAUGAUCAUAGCUUACGGCCUGAUCUUCUUCACCAUAUCCAGAAAGUCAAAAGAAUUCGGAGAACCUGAAAAUGUCUCCAAUUCAUCUGACCAACGAGAACACAGUGGACGGAGCCACGUGCGCAGUGGUCUUUUGCGCAAGGCAAAACGGAAAGCACUACGCAUGUCUCUCUUUAUCGUCAUAGCGUUUUUUGUUUGCUGGUUGCCAUAUUACGUCGUUUUCACAGGAUUCGCAUUCGGACAUUGGACUUCAUUAGACCCAUCCCUUAUGAGUGGAUUGACCUUCGUGGGGUUAACAAACUCAAUAUUAAACCCCAUAAUUUAUGGUGCAUUCCAACUUUGCAAGGUGCCUAAUAAUCCAAGGGAACACGUUCCGGUGUUUGGUGCUGGAAAAAAGAAAACGUACCAGGUAUUAUCCUUAGAGCCACCGGCAUAUGUCGGAACCCAGCGAACCAACAUCACUGCCGUGUAAGUCACCGGUCUACCAAACGAACCUCGCUUCGGUCACGAUAAGCGGUAAAGCCCGAACCCGAGGCUUUGAGGCCAAGGGAAACACGAACCCGAUGCUCAGCAAUUACCCGACUUGUCGUCCAUAAUUCUGAUGAAAAAUAUGGCUUGUUGUUUAUGUAACAUUCCGAUUCUUUCAAUGAAUUGCAACUGGUGAGGACACAGGCACCACAUUAUUUAUAUAUCCAGACACAUCAAAUAUUAUACCCUCUACCUAAUAAUGCACAAGGUACUCAUCGCGUCCAUCUUGGAAUUAUUCAAAACUGUCACAUCAGUUAAAUUAUUUUGCGAUCCUCUCCGUCUCCCGAACGGUCAUUCAACAUCUAAGCUAACAACAGAUUAAACAUCGCCCCUCAAUUUGCAUCUACUGCCUUAGAUAUGCGACAAAAAAGGCUGAAGGGGGGGGGGGGGGGGGCCGAAGUUGACAUAAUUGCGUCAUACUUUGAAUAAUCCCAUCCAAAUGUAGCACUGAUACGAAUAUUGAAAAAGGCGUCGCUUUUGAAUUCGAUCAACAUACAAGUUAAAAUUAAGGAAAUGGAUAAUAUAAACUUUUAAUACACAAAGUUUAUUUAACGAUGUUUAUAAUUGCAUAUUUUUUGAAUAUUGACACAGACACACGAUGCAGGGGAGUCUCAUUUUCAUAUAGGCCAUGCGUGGAUCCAGAAA